AUGAGAUUCUUCAAGAGUGAUCAUGGGUACUUCCAUCGGAUCAUUGGGUACUCAAGACCACCAAAGACCGUUGCGCAUAUCCACGGUCUGGCCAAAACCCAAAACCUGGAGCUCGCUAGACCAGCUUUGGCUGAUCCAAGCUCGCAUUCAUGGCCCGAAUGGGUGGAUUUGAUGGGGAUGCUGGUGAAGAAAGGUUACUUCGGAGAAGGCGUGAAUCCGUUGAUGGGUUCCAAAGAAUCGAAUCAUAUUCGUACUGCCUGUCUCAAUUUUGCUCGCCAUCGUUUCACUCUCGUGAGAUACUUGUCAAAGAAAGAUAUCAAAGUGAUUGCUGGGUGUGGAUGUGCUAGCACUGACAGGAAGGUCGUCAACUCAGGGAAACGUCUAAGAGCUUAUGUGGGCAUUGAUGAAGGAAAUGUGUGUGGCUCUUGCAACUUGAGGGGUAAAUGUGAAAGGGCGUAUGCGCAAGCACGGGAAGAGGAAGGUGCUCGGACUAUAGAUGUCAUGCGCGUACUGCUAACUUACGGGCUUGAUUCUAUUUCUCCCUCUGUGGAGAACCGUGCUUGUCAAACCAAACUUGUUGAAGAUGCUGUGAGAAAUCUGCUGAGAGAAAGCGUAGAGUAUAGCUUAAAUGAUGUUGAAUCUUCUGAGACCGAGAUAGCUCGAGAUGAGCUCCAGGCAAAUUCACAGGACAGUGAUGAGAGAGACCCUCGAAAAAGGCCAGGAGAUUGGCACUGUACAGAAUGCAAAUUCUUGAAUUUUGGGAAAAACAUAAGAUGCUUGCGGUGUGAUGUCUUUUCUGAGGAAAGGCUGAAACAGUUGAAGCAAGAACAGAAAGAUCAUCUCCCUCUGAAGAAAGGAGAUUGGAUAUGCCAAACAUGCAAUUUCCUGAACUUUGCAAAAAACACGAGCUGCUUAAGGUGCAAAGACAAGCCUUCAAUGCGUCAAAUCAAUCCGGGAGAGUGGGAAUGCGAGUCGUGCAAUUACAUCAAUUUUAGAAGAAACUCGAUAUGUUUGAAGUGUGAUCACAAGAGACAAAAGGCUGCAAACGUCACACCGGAUUCAAAGAGGGUUGGUGAUCGUAACAGCGGAGUUUCAAAGACGUGGAAUUUUGUAGAAGAAGAGAGUGGAAAACGAUUCAAUGUAGACGAAGAAGAAGAAGAAGAUGGCUUCAUGAGAUUCCCAGUGGAAGGAGGGAGAAGUAGUGUUUCAAGGAGUGCAGAAAAGAGAGAGCAGUGGAAGUUGGAGAUGAAACAGAGGAUGAGAAGCAAUGGGACUGUAAAGAAAAAAGAAGACGAUAAGGAGGAGGAAACAGAGUCAAGAAGAUGUUAUGAUCGGAGAAAGAUUGAGCUUCUUGGUAACAGUAGUGUUGAUGGAGAGAUGGAUGAUUGGUUUGUCUCAAACUAAGAUACAAUCUAUUUGGUUCUACUGUCUUCUUUUUCUUUGAAUGGUUUGAUUUUUUUGCGGUGAAAAUCUGAAACGUUGGACGCCAAUGCUGAAUCGCGUUUGCGUUUGAUAAUUUUUAGUUGUAAUUCAAAUUUAGUGGCCAUUAGACGUCUACCAUAGAGGAGGA